UGAAGAGUGACAUCACAGUCCAUCAGAAUGGCAAGCCUCAGACACCAACACUUGAGACAGAAGCUGAAGCUGAGAGUGUGAUUGUUGAACCGGAUCCUCAGCCAGCUCCUGCAGAAGGUGUCUCUGAGUUCACCGACGCCCCCCCCGCUGACAAGGAAUCAGUCAAGAAACACAAGGAGAAAACUCAUGGUUUUGGGAAACUCUUCAAAAAGAAAGCAGCUCGUAAAGCGGAGGAGGGGAAAGAUGAGGAUGGAGAGAAAGAAGAUGAGGCAUCAAGUAAAGAUCAGCUGGAUGGGAGUCAGGUUCUCACUGAUCCUCCGCAGGAGCCAGCAAACGUAACGCAAGAGUCGGCACCUGUGACUGAGCCAGAGAUCGGAGCGACUGCAGAGUCCGGUCCAGAGGAAGAGACGGUUCCUGAGAGAGAGGACGGAAACGCGGAGCCAGAGGAGAACCGAGAGGAGGGCGACCCAGAAGAGAACCCAGUUAUGAACUUCUUUAAAACACUAGUUACUCCCACUAAAACACCCAAAAAGGACACAGCUGGUCCAGAUGCAGCAAAAGAUCAGGUGAUCAGACGAUCAGUGCUGGAUUUAUUAUCCUACCUGUUUUCUUUUUCCUACAAUUGCUGA